AUGGCCGGCGCGGAGUCGCUGCUGCUGCUGCUGCUGCUGCCGCCGCCGCCCUCGGGAUUGGCGUUCCGCGCCGCCUGGGACCCUUUCGCCCCGCAGCUGGGCGACACCCGCUCCUGCCAAGACCGGUGCCGGAAUCUCGCCCAGCGCCGGGGUGCCGCGCAGGCCGCGGUGCUGAGCGCCUGCUCCCGCGGCUGCCGCCUCUUCUCCAUCUGUCGUUUCGUGGCCGCCAGCGUCGAGCCCAACGCCACCCGGGCCGAGUGCGAAGCAGCUUGCUCGGAGGCCUAUGGCCAGGCUGAGGAACAACUGGCCUGCAUUGAAGGAUGCCGGAGGCAGAUGCCAGAGAUGGAAAGUCAGGAGGAAAAGCAGAUCCCAGAGCCUCCACCUGCCGCCCUCUCUGUUCUGGACCUGUUCUCCAACCUCUGCAGUGACCUGGUCAGUUCGGCUCAGAGUUUCCUCUCCUCCACCUGGACUUACUACCUUCAGGCUGACGACGGGAAGGUGGUGGUGUUCCAGUCACAGCCCGUGAUGGAGUCCCUCAUGCUCAAGACGCCCCAGCCAAAGCAAAUGGAGGCGGUCUGGCUAGGCUCUGAUCCAGACAACCUGGAUUCCCACUCAGACCCAGGGGAGAAGCUGGAGAAGCCUGCAAGGAAGGAGGCUAAGGGCAAGGCCAGACUGCAGACUUCGGAACCUCCUCAGCCUGCUGACUUCCUGGGCUGCAUGUCCAAGCGCUCAGGGCUGCCCCGCUGGAUCCUGGCUGUCUGUCUCUUCUUCUCCGUGCUGGUGAUGCUGUGGCUAAGCUGUGCCAGUCUGGUGACUGCUCCUGACCAGCACAUCAGGACCCAGCCCCUGAGCAUCGCUGGGGACAAGGACUACCUGGAGAAGCUGGAGCACCCUCUGGCAUUGCCCCCUGUGCUGGCCAUUGCCGUUUGUCCCGCCGAGUCUGACCCCGAGGCUGGCCCACUGCCACUCAAGGUGGAACUGGACCGGACGGCUCUGUAGGCCUGGGGGGAGGGUCCCGGUCCCCACCCAGGUUGGCCUGGCCUGGGGGGCUGGGGGAAAGCUCCUCUCCCGGUCCUUUGGGCAAACCUUUCAGGCAGGUGGAUCUGCCUCAGGUCCCAGGAGGUAGGGCAAAGGGGAAGUCUUCUGGGGAGGAGUCCUUGGAGACUAUGACUGGGGCCACAGCUCUUUUCAUGGGUCCCACUCUUCCCUCCCCCCCCCUCAGGAGAUGUCUGGUCUUCUCUAUCAGUCAAUCAGCGGGAUCUGUUG